GCCCUGUCAUUCAGUGCAACUUCAGCCAGUAAUGAAGGUUGGUAUGCAGUCCAAAUGGUGAUGGAAGACUUCCCCAGACAGUCAAUCACCCUGACUCAUAAUAAUGGAUCCCACAUUGUGAAAUCUACCAGUGAAGCAAUCAGCCAGAUACCCAUUCAAUUUGGCUUUCUAGUUGAUCCUGCAGUACCAUCCUGCACAAAAGGAGAUUAUCUGCCAGGAUUUCUGUCUCCAACUCCGGACCAUGGGGCACAGUUCUCCACUCACGUUGAUAAGGCUCUGGAGAUCAACAUCAGAGCAUCUGCGACACACUCUGUGAUCUCUGAGCUCCUGUACAGCGGGCCAUCCAGUGUGGUCAAGACUUCUUUUGGAUCAGGAGAAUUCUCUCUGACAUGGACACCGUCUGCAGCUUAUGAAGAACAGAGCCACCCCAUCUGUUUUGCCAUCCAGGCAAGUUCCAGCAGUUCUGUGUAUCAGUCUGAGCUUCGAUGUGUUGUUGUGACAGUUAAAAAAAAACCAAAACCAAUCUUUCUUAAUGCUCUGAGAAUGAAGAUUUCCACUACGCUGUCACUGAAGGAUGAUCGUGGCAUCAUUGAAAACCUGGUUAAAGAAGAACUAUUGAGAAAAGGUUUUCCGCCAGGCAUAUCUGUACGCUUGAUGAACAACAGCUCUAUGAUAGUAAAAUGAUAGCAGCCUUCUCCUGGCCACCCAUUAAAAUUUAUUCAAGAUCAUAUUUUCUCGAAAUCAUUACAUGGAGAAGGGGCGCAUUGUAACUAGUGAUUUCAUUACCUGAUUUUGACAAAAAUCAUAAAUUUCAGUAGGCCUGACAUGAUACAUGUAUGAUUUGAACAACAGUACAAUCAGAAAAUCAGUACAUUCAUGAAUAGGAUAAAUCUUUAUAAUCUGCUUAUUGAUAAACUUUCAAUUGUUCUUUUAGUUUUAAGUAACUGCUUAAUUUGAUCAGAUUCUAGAGCU